UGACAUUAACGUCAUUCAUACGUUUUAAAAACAAAUAAAACAUUAAUAUAAUUUAUUAUUAUCUUUUCUUAAGAUUUUUAAUACGUAAAUAACUUAAGUAUACAAUUACACAUUUAAAAUGGUGACAUCCUACUAUAUAAUGAAAAUGUCUAAAAAUAAAAAAUACUGUAAUACCGAUGAAUACUUCAGUAAUAUAUAUAAUGCACCAAUAUCAAAACAAAUAAUAAAAGAAAAUUCCAAGUGCAGAGUUUGUCUCAAGGAUGGUCAUGUAUGUAUUUUUGACGUCGAAAAUACGUACGAUAUCACAGAAGCUUUAAGGCUAUUUGCAAACAUAGAUAUAAAUGAAAAUGAUACGUUUCCAAAUUACUUGUGCGACAUUUGCUAUAAGUUCAUAAAAAGCGCUAUUAUGUUCAGAAAAAUAGCAAAAAAAACUAAUGAAACAUUAAAAAAUCAACCCAAAACAUGUAACGUUCUCGGUGAUGACUGGGAUGACCCAUUUAUUGAGAUGAAACCAUUGCAAAAUGUAACAAACAGUGAGAAAGAAUUCGACUCGAUCAGUAAUCCAAAAAAUAAAGAAAAAGACAAAAGAGAUUUAAAAGUCCAAUGUCAGACAUGUAAGAAAAUAAUUAGAAAGUCUUAUUAUAAAAUACAUAUGACAAUGCAUGACCCCAACCAUCAUAAAUAUAUAUGUGACAUUUGCGGUAAAACAUUCAGAUUAAGAGUGGGCUACCACAAUCACAAACUACGACAUUCUAAUGAUUAUCCAUACAAGUGUCAACUUUGCCCAUUCCAGGGUAGGUAUGCAGAACGACUUAAAAGUCACAUGCGCACACAUUCAGGUGAAUACAGAUAUAUGUGCACAGAAUGUCCUGCUAGAUUUCUCUUUAAAGGAAACUUCAAUAGUCAUGUCUUGUUAAAACAUAAAGAGCCGCAGCACAAAUGUGAUACUUGUGAAAAAGCUUUUCAUACCAAACUUAAACUCCAACGGCACAAUGAAGUUGAUCAUUUGGGAAUCAAAAGUCAUAUUUGCAACAUAUGCGGACGGGCAUUUGGUUACAGAAAUGCUAUGAUGAAGCAUCAAAGGCGGGUACAUAAAAGAGAAAAAUUGAGAUUUACAUACAACCCACCACAAAUAAUUAAUACUUAAAUAUACAUUACCAGACUCUUGAUGUAUUUAAAAAUGAUUUCAUAAGCUUAAAGCUAUAAGACUAUUGGAUAAAAUAUGUUUUUAAGCAAUUGAUGUGAGAUUAUAUAGAAACUAUUAAAUUGC